AUGCGUCCACAUCUGCACAUUGAGAGUUACGAUUUGUCGUGUGAUGAAAAUUAUUACCGUAAACCACGUUUUGUUGUUGCCUGGUUGAAAAAAUUAUUUGGAGAUCAUCCCAUUCCACAAUAUGAGGCGAAUCCACGGACCACAGAGAUUUUGUAUCACCUUUCAGAACGCAGCAAAGCCCGGGACAGGGAUGUCUCCCUGGUCAUAGAGGACUUGAAACAGAAAGCCAGUGAAUAUGAAUCCGAAGCUAAGCACCUUCAGGACCUUCUAUUGGAGAGUGUGAAUCUGUCCCCUGCCAGCCUCUCUAGCAUUGGUUCCAGAUACCUGAAUGCUUUGGUUGACAUUGCGAUGGCUCUUGAAACAAAGGAUACCUCACUAACUAGUUUCAUUCCUGCAGUGAAUGAUUUGACCUCUGAUCUUUUUCGUACCAAAUCUAAAAAUGAAGAAAUCAAGCUUGAAUUGACAAAACUUGAAAAAAAUCUAACUGGAACUUUGGUAUUAGAAAAAUGUCUACAAGAUGACCUGAAGAAAGCUGAGCAGCAUCUCUCUCGGGAAAAGGCUAAAAUUGACCAUCGCCUUCAGAACUUGGACUUCCUGAAAGCGAAGUCAGAGGAGUUCAGAUGUGGAAUCAAGGCGACAGAGGAGCAGCUUUCAGCCAGAGGCAUGGACGCGUCUCUCUCUCACCAGUCACUGGUAGCUCUGUCCGAGAAACUGGCAGAAUUGAAACGACAGACUAUCCCGCUGAAGAAAAAAUUAGAAUCUUACUUAGACUUAAUGCCGAAUCCAUCUCUUGCUCAAGUGAAAAUUGAAGAAGCAAAGAGAGAAUUGGAUACCAUUGAAGCUGAACUUACACAGAAAGUGGAGAUGAUGGAACUGUGA